AUGGAGCUAGCCCUGCCAGUGCAGGAAGGCUGGGGAACACCCAUGGAGCGGCUAACAACGGUGCAUUUGGCGAUGUCACAAGAGGCAACGAAGAGGGCGACGCCACAAGGGGCAUCGAAGGCGGUGCCCAUGGUGCAAUCUACAACACCACAACUAAUCAAAGCGGUGCCCAUGGUGCGAUUGGAUACACCUCAAGGGCUGGAAAUCGACGCCUUCAGCAACAUUGGAGCAGGCUUGGGCUUGGGCGACGUCGAAUCUGCCUCCAAGGGUUUGGGCAAUGUCAGGUCAGCUGCAAAGUCCUCAGGAUCGACCAAAGCAGGCGACACUGGCGAUGGGCGAAGCUUGAGCGACGUCAUUCAAGGCAACAUCGAUGGAAGUCUUGGGGUCAAUGCCUGGGUCGCAGGCUAG